AUGCCACGAGUCUACCCACCGCUCGAAGGCCGACAACCCAAUGCCGCGAUCUCACCGUCCAUAAUUGAAAGCGCUGCGGGUUUCACUGCUGGAGUGGUGUCUACACUCGUCGUCCACCCUUUCGAUGUCGUCAAGACACGAUUGCAGAUUGAGCAAAAUGCCAAGUCCUUACCUGGAGGGAGCUGGCGGGUCAUACGGACGAUUGCGAGUGAAGGGAGGCAAUCAACACAGGCACAGGUGAAGGCUGGAGCAAUGGUGAAGAGCUUUUAUCGAGGACUUAUGCCUAACAUGAUUGGCAACAGUGUUAGUUGGGCUUUGUACUUCAUGUGGUAUGGCAAUAUCAAGGACUUGGUGCGGUCAGCGAGAGGUGGAGGAAGAGAGCUGCGGUCCUCAGACUACUUCCUGGCCUCUGGAGUGUCCGGAAUUCUGACAGCUGUGUUCACCAAUCCGAUAUGGGUGAUCAAGACGCGGAUGCUGUCUACAGCAAGAAAUACUCCUGGCGCUUACAAAAGUAUUGCACAUGGCACGCACGACCUCUAUCAGACAGAAGGUAUACGGGGCUUCUACCGCGGGCUAUUACCCUCGCUUUUCGGUGUCAGUCACGGUGCGAUCCAGUUCAUGGCAUACGAACAGCUCAAGAAUCGAUGGGCAAGGGAAAGACCUGGAGGAAAGGCUGGUCUGACCAACUCGGAUUAUCUCCUCCUCAGUGCAGUUAGUAAGAUGCUUGCGGGUAGCAUCACAUACCCAUACCAAGUUGUCCGAGCUCGAUUGCAGGUCUAUGAUGCCCCAAAGCGCUACAAAGGCGCCUGGGAUGUGGUGCAGAAAGUGUACCGCCAUGAGGGACUUGGCGGGUUCUACAAAGGCCUUGGUCCGAACAUUGUGCGGGUCCUACCAUCCACCUGUGUAACAUUUCUGGUAUACGAAAACACGAAGCACUAUUUACCUCGCCUUUGGGCUCCCGACGAGAUCCACGUCGAUGAAGUGGCGGCCUAA